AUGAAGACCGCAAUCCUCUUCUCUCUCUUGUCUCUGUUGGCCAGCUCCUCGGCUGUCCCCACCUCCCAAGCCCUCACCUUUGUCGGCCCCGGCUCUGUCCAGUCCAACGGCGCCCACAACAUCCACGUCUCCUACUCUGACCCGGACGCCCUCUCCGAGACCGUCAUCCUGGUAUACGGUGACUGCGACAUCAAACACCACUCCGCCUCGCAUCACGAGGUCGGCCGUUUCGAUGCUCGUGAUCAUGUCGAGAAGCCCACCCGCUUCGUCUGGCUCACCCCUUCCGAUCUCCCCGCUGGUCAAUGUCUCCACGCCUUCACCGAGACUACCCAUCUGGGGCGCUCCAUCUCCCUCGAGGUCCGCCAUGCCACUCCCCGCAAGCGCAACACCCUCGCCUCCAUCAACGACCCCUACGGUGCCUGGUUCGACGGUGUCACCUACCUCAAAUCCCAGAAUCAGACCGCCGCCUUCAUCGCCGGCAAGAAGGACCAGAAGAUCGCCAUUCUUGGUGGGGGUAUGUCCGGCCUCAUGUCGGCUCUGCUCCUCGAUCAGGUCGGCAUCCACAACUGGGAAAUCUCCGAGAGCUCGAACCGCAUUGGAGGUCGCCUUCGAACCGCUUACCUGAAUGGCACUGCACCGGACGCAUAUCAGUACCAGGAGAUGGGACCUAUGCGGUUCCCAGUCAGCCUCACCGACCCCAAGACCAACGAGACCAUCGAGAUCAACGACCACAAGCUUGUCUUCCAACUCGCCGACGUUCUGAACGGUCUCAACAAGCAGCUCGACCCAUCGUGGCAAGUCAACUUCAUCCCCUGGAUCCAGUCCAACUCGGCCACCUUCCAGUACCAGAACGGUCUCCGCAACCCUGACGGUACCGCCCCUCGUCGCAGUCAGUACCCCGCCCUGCUCGCCAACGCCAGUCUCCCCGCUGUCGCCGCCAACCCUCGCCUUGCUGCCGCUCGGGUCGAACUCACCAAGUUUAUCGGCUAUGAGAACAAGGCCAAGGCGGCUGCUACCAAUCUCUUCAAGGCUCACAAGCAGGCUAUUGCCGACGGCCUUCUUGACUUCUCCGAGGUGUCCUACCUCAAGGCUCAGGGUCUCGGAUGGAACGAGACAUCCGCUGCGUUCAGUUCUGGCUACCUCUGGAGCAGCAUCUAUGAUGGCGUCUAUUUUGCCGCCACAAAGUGGCUCACCAUCGACAAGGGUCUCAAUCGCAUCGCCGAGGCCUUCCACCCCAUCGUCGACAACCGCCUGACUCUCGGCCGCCGCAUCGAGCGUAUCAGCUACAACGAGACCACCAAGAAGACCGGCGUCACCUGGUACAAGGACGGCAAACUCGAGUCCAAGUCGUACGAUAAGACCCUCGUCGCCGUCCCCUUCUCGGUCGCUCGCCUCUGGCGCAAGCCCGCCCUCAGCCCCAUCAUGUCUGAGGCGGUAUCGAGUCUUGGCUAUGCGUCAGCUUGCAAGGUUGCUCUGCUGUACAAGACCCGCUUCUGGGAGAAGCUCAGCCCGCCCAUUUACGGCGGUUGCGGCGCGACCGACUUGCCCGGCGUUGGCUCCUUCUGCUACCCCGCCUACAACCUCAACGGUACCGGCCCUGGCGCCCUCCUCGCCUCGUACGACACCGGGACCGGACCCUUCCAAGCCGCUCGAUCCGAGGCCGACCAUGUCCGCUCAAUCGUCGAGGCCAUGGAGGAGAUUCACGGCCCCAUCGCCAAGGAGCAGUACACUGGCAUCUACGACCGUCAGUGCUGGGGUAUCGACCAGAAUGCGGCGGGAUCUUGGGCUUCGCCUUACCCUGGACAGCACCAGCGGUACAUGCCUCAGUAUCACAUGACGCACAGUGGUCACGUCUUCAUCGGUGAACACACGUCCAUAAAUCACGCCUGGAUCUUCUCGGCCCUCGAGUCCUCUGUCCGCGGUGUCGUGCAGCUCCUUCUCGACGAUGGACUCGUGGACGAGGCUCAGCAGAUUGUCAACAAGUGGAUGGCUAGGUGGAUCUCGGUCUGA